CCUUCCUGGAGUCUUUUCUCCUCCAACUUUUUCUUGAUCCUUCCUAACCAACGCCAAACAGCUUUAUUUUCUUUCGUCAAAGGCUUCCGUGAAACUUUACUCUUCAGAGAAUACGAAACAUUGUAACUAUGCCUCGCAAGAAGAACGGCGCGACAGCAGCUUCGCAAUCUGAUAAACCCUCUGCGGAGGUACAACCGACCACACCCCCGCAGGUGCGGGCCUCACGAUUGGCGCGCAUUCCCUCUUUUGUGAGAUAUCUUCUCGUCGUCUUCAUCAGUUUGACCCUGAGCUCGACGCUUUUCAGCCUUACUUCUGGAAUCACCCUGGGUGAGUUGGGCGGGGUGAGCAAGCAUCUCGACGCAUGGUGGGAAGUUGGAGGGUUGAUAGGCUGGAAGGCGAUUGAAAUUGGACUAGCAUGGACUUUAGGUUUUGACGGGCGAGACGUGUUUUCCUUCCUCUUCCUCACUCAUCUCCCCACCUAUUCCCUCCUCUCCUCCUUUUACGGCAUCCGACCAACAACCAUUUUGGUUGCGUAUGCAAUUACCCUCUUUUCGACCACGGCUCCAUUUGUACUUCUUCGUCAGCCUACCUCCGUCCACGAUCUUUCUCAUGCACCUUCCGGUACAGUCUCGAACCGCAGCAUCCUCGACGACCGCGCCACCACGAUCUAUACCACGGUUGCGGCAACUUCCAUUUUCGCUGUUGUGCUGUACUCCAGCUAUGCAACCUGGCUGCCGGCCUGGCUCGUGGUGCAUUUUGAAAACAUCCCAGAUAUCAGCGUGGCCCAUGCGGGUCCCGCAGGUCUACCAGUUCUCUUCUUGACUCUUCUCCCUGCCGGCUGGGCGGCGCGAGACUAUUUGUUCGUGAGCUCCACUGGUGCGGCCAAUAUCCCUGAGACCAAGCCUGAGGAGUCGCCUGCGGACCGACAUGGCGAGUAUCUUGCUUGUGCUAUCUACCGUAGGACAUGGGGAUCAUUGUCGCGAAAGUCAAGGGUGCUGCUGUCGCGGACUUUCAACCUGGCUAGUCUGGUGCACCUCAACACUAUUGUUCAGGUUGCCGGAACGAUGCAGGGUGUUGAUUUCGUGGGUGCGUCGCGGUUGGGUCUUAUGUGGGCUGCUGCAAUCUUGAUUACUGGAGCCACAUUCGGAUGGAUCGAGGCUGUUGAUGGUGUAUGAUCGUGACUGAUUGGCAGAAGACAAGGAAAAUCGUUGACAAGAUUGAAUUUCCAUGGCCAUGGAAUACUCUGAGCUUUUGAUUCUCGUGGGUUGGAGAUGCGUGGUGUUCGGCAUAGCAAAAAUGGAUGUUAAGGUGAUUGGCUUGUUUCUGGCGUUUCCGAGUUGGUGUUCGAGUAAUUGAGCUUUGGUAUUGAUUAAUUUCUUCUGUGACUUUAUUUCAGCUUUCAUAUUAAUAGUUAGUACUAAGUGCUUGAGAUUGAUGAAAUGAAUUGCAAAUUAGGUAUACUAUAAUCAAACAAGUCUAAAAUGCUGGAGGUAUCUUACACA